AUGACUUCAGAUGACCACGGUCGCAUAGCUUACAAGAAUUUAUUUAUGAAACGUAUUCAAGUAAUUUAUGAGGGACAGAAUGUCGCAUUCUAUUGUAAUGCUACGGGUGGCUCGGAAACAGAAUAUAUACAUUAUCAGUGGGAGGUUAAUAACAGAGAGCUAAUAGCUACAGAUGCAUAUUUUCUCAUUAGAAACAUCCAGAAAAGCGAUGAGGGUGAAUACAAAUGUAUUGCAACUCAGUAUGUGAAUGGAACUCCAAUAGUUGCCACAGAAUCAACUUUUAUUAGCGUUCGGAAAGCUGAUUCUAUUAUAACUCAAGACGUUGAAGAAGGUAUUUUGGUUCGAAUUCUGUGCAAUGUUAGCGGAGAUGAUAAACCCGAUGGCGCUGGACCAUUUCGAUAUGAAUGGCGUAACCCAAACGGUACUCUGGUUGGAACCCAAUGGAAAUUAGAAUUGGGUCACAUCAAAAUGCAUGAAUCAGGUAUAUAUGUUUGCCGCGUGUCAUAUGAAUAUGACAAACGUCAGAUGUCCACAAGUUCAGCCACUAAAAUUAAUGUAAUUCCGCAAGGUGAAUGUUCAACAGAUUAUUCUAGCAUUAGAAACUGUAUGUUACCGGGACUAAAUUAUAAAGAGGUGACACUGUACAUAAUGGAUGUUUGUCCUGUUAGUCAGUCACAGUGUCGAAUUCGACAGUGUAUACCAACUUCACGGAUAUGUGAUGGAAAGGUUGACUGUGCCGAUAAAUCAGAUGAAAGUAGCAGUUUUUGUAAUGCUAGACUUACUGUGAGUCCGACUCGCAUUGUGGUUAGACCAUCAGAGCCUUUUUCACUGCAGUGUCAAGCUAUGGCACCAGUGACUCAAGUUCCUCAUGCAAGAUUUGUACAUAGUGGAAAGGAUGUAGAAACUGACUCCCGAUUUACCGUUGAACGGCCUUCAACAGGAAUUCUACUUAUCAAAGCUCCGCAGGACUUUCAGAAGAAGCAAAUGAUACAAGGAUUGAAUGCUAUUUUCCAGAUGAAAGUCCUAGGACUGCAAUAA